CAAUGAUCAUUCUGUCAUUUACAUAUUUACUCUGCGAUGAUAAAAUAACAUUUAUUAAUAGUUAAGUGCCGUAACUUUAGACUGGGAUUUCAGACUAUGAUACAAAAUAUUCUUAAAUGCGAUUGUUAACGUUUAAACUUUUUUCUCGGUGUGUGUUCUACAGAUGAAAGAAUGCAGCCACAAUGACCAUGACCCAUAUGAAUUUAUUUUUAAUCUUUAUUUUUGCCCACAGCCAAUUAGCUGUCACCACAUUAGCAGCCAAUUUUCAUGGAACACCUGCGCUGAACAAAUGACAAUCCUGCCUGCUCACCUCUGCCCAGGAGAACAAUGAAGUCAGUCAUGCUGAAGAAUUGCUGACCCAUGAGUUAUGUUUGAGUGAAUGACAUGAGCCAACAGGAUGGACCAGUGAAUACUCACUCUUGACUGACUACAAUCCCAUAUACAAGCUAAAGUACAAAAAUGGCGUGUAAAUCAAUCUAUGAUUUCUCUGUUGAGACCCUGGAUGGACAGCUGGUUCCGCUCAGUAACUACAGAGGUAAAGUGCUUCUCAUCAUCAACGUUGCCACCUUCUGAGGGUCAACGAUAGAGGAGUACCACCGACUGAAUGCGCUGACGGAAAUGUUUGGCGACCUCAACUUCACUGUCCUCGCUUUUCCCAGCAACCAAUUCGGACUCCAGUCACCUGAGGUGAAUCAUGAAACCCUCAACAUUCUAAAGUAUGUGAGACCUGGUUGUGGGUUUGUGCCAAAGUUUCCUGUCUUUGGGAGGGUUGAAGUGAAUGGAGUAAAUGAAGAUCCUCUUUUCACAUAUCUAAAGGAAUUGUUGCCAUUUGUGAAUCCUGUCAUUGGAGAUAUGAAGAAAUUCUACUGGAACCCAAUCAGUGUCAAUGACAUAAGGUGGAAUUUUGAGAAGUUUCUAAUCGCAGCAGAUGGAAUGCCCUUCAAAAGGUAUGAACCUCAUUGCCCCAUUGAGAAUGUGGAGAAGGACAUAGCAGAUCUUCUCUGACGGAUUUUCUUCAAUUUGUCACCGGUAGCAGAGUGACGAUCCCCCAGUAAAUGCACUCGUGCACCUGAGCUGGAUCUGAUGGGAAGAGGAACAGGCCUCAGAGCUUCAGCACAUUCACUCUGAGGACUAGUUCCCUUCAGCUACUGGAGGAGUGUCACAUGUUCCUCUAAUAUGAUGGUGUCUGCAACAUACAUAUAAAUAAAUAAAAACACUAUAAAAUACACUUUCUACCAGUUA